AUCGUGUUCAGUUUGCGUGAAAUUAAAACAGAAAAAGAAGAAGCUGGUCUGAGAGGGAAAUCCAAAACACACCCUCGUUUCCUCCAGGAUGGUGUAGUGAAGGCAGAAAAUAAAGUUAAGCUAAACAGCGGUCAAAAAAAGACAGUUAAGCGGCAGAACACAGAAAUGCAGAGAGCCUCCCGUUUGAAGCGUGAACUUCAGAUGCUGAGCACCGAGCCACCUCCCGGAAUAACAUGCUGGCAGACCGAGGACCGGAUAGAAGAGCUCCAGGCACAGAUAGUGGGCGGGGCAGAGACGCCAUAUGAAGGUGGGAUCUUCUCCCUGGAGAUCAAGGUCCCUGAAAGGUACCCAUUUGAGCCUCCCAAAAUACGUUUCUUGACCCCCAUCUACCACCCAAACAUUGAUAAUUCUGGACGUAUCUGUCAUGAUGCUCUCAAACUCCCACCAAAGGGUGCGUGGAAGCCAUCCCUAAACAUCUCUACUGUCCUUACCUCCAUUCAGCUGCUUAUGGCUGAGCCCAACCCGGAUGAUCCACUCAUGGCUGAUAUCUCAUCAGAGUUCAAAUACAACAAACAGAUCUUCAUGGAGAAGGCCAAGAAGUGGACACAGGAACAUGCUAUUCAGAACAAUAUGGGAGUUGUGAAGGGCAACAAAAAAAAUAAUUCAGAUCAGAAAGCUUCAUCCCGCAAAAGAGAAGACGUCAGUGCUCAGCAGGAGGCAGAGGAACCAACAAAGAGGACUUGCAUGUAGUUGCUGUCUCACUUUUCCUUUUACUUACUUUUAUUUAUACAUAAUUUUUGUGCAUGUUUUGUGUCAUUAAAGUUUAUUUUGAACGUAAA